AUGGGAAUAAUCGAUCCAAAUUCCUCAAAACUACCAGCAGGUCCAAAAUACAUUCAAUUUGGUGAAAUUAAAGAUGAAUAUGAUAAAGCAAAAUUAUUACUUACUCAAGAUUUUCCUAUGUGUUUUUCAGCAAUAUCAUCAUUAUUUGAAUGUGAAAAACUAAAUGGAUAUAAACCAUCAACAAGUAAAAAUGAUACCACAAGUAAAAAGUGUAAGAAUGAAAAUGCACAUUUAAAUUUUUGUAUACUCUCUUCAUUUUGUCCUUCAGAGGCUCAAUUAUUAAUGGAAUGCACAAAUGGAGUUAUACCAACUGAUGAUAAUAAGUUACCUUCAAAAUGUCAAAUAUAUUUUAACUCAUUUGAUAAUUGUUUACAGAGAAAAACAAAAGAAUUUGAACUUAGAGAUUCAAAAGAAUCUGACCCAGUCUCUCAAGUAAUUUAUGGUGAACAAACAACCCAAACUGAAGGUAAUAAUAAUUAA